GACACUCGCGAGCCCGCUCUCACGUCCUUGCCCAGCUGAGCGAGGGGGUGGAGCCAUGAGGCCGCCGGCGGCCAGCCCUGGGCGCGCGGAGAAGUCGCAGCUGCCGGCGCCGGGGCUGGCGCGGCUGCUGCUCAGCAAGAGCCGCCGCGGGGGACGGUCCCGCCGCGCGCCGGCCACGUCGCCAAUGUUCGUGUCCCGCGGCCGGAGCCGCGCCGCGGACGGGGAGCCGUCCUCGCCCAAGGUGACGUGCAUUGGGCAGGUGCGGAUGCGCAAGGGGAAGAAGGGGGCGCCGGCGCCGGCCAAGGCCUCGCCGCCGGAGAAGGCGAAGGGGUACUGCCGGUGCCUCAAGAAGGCGUUUUUAUGCGGCGGGCUAUUCGAAUUCGACCGGAGGCGCCGGCCCAAGGCGCCGUCGCUGGAGGUGGAGCGGACCCGCAGGUCGCCUUGGGUGUUUAGCAGCAGGGACGUGGCCGUCGCCGCCGCGCCGAAGCCGGUGGAUCCGAGAGGAGAUCACGGCGAGGAGGACGAGGAGAAAAUGGAGGUGGGAGUGGGGGUCUUCGGGUCGGCGGGGAGGGAGGAGCUGGGAAUCAAUGGAGGCGGCGAGAAGGAGGACGACGAGCCGGAGGCGCAGCUCGUAUCGUCGGCGACCACGACGCCACCCAAGAAUGCGCUCCUCCUCAUGCGCUGCCGCUCCGCUCCGCAGAACCGCACGUCCCCGCUCACCUCCAGGUUCCCGACCGCGGCGCCGUCGCCGUCGCCGACCAGGGACGCUCCCGCGGCGUUGGAGAUCGCCGCGUCUCCAUUUCCAUCUCCUCGCAAGGCGGACAAGGUGUCUCCAUCUCCAUCUCCCCGCAAGGCGGACAAGGUGUUGGUGGACGAGGACUGCGAGAAGAGGCAAGGAGUGAUGGCCGUACAGGAGCAAGAAGAGGAGGUUGCCGGGGUAGAAGAGGAGGAGGAAGACGACUGCGAGGAAGAAGGGAUGAGGUGCUCGUCGGCGAGGCCGCUGGUGCUGCAGAGGUGCAAGUCGGAGCCGGCGACGACGGCGGCUGCAAAGAUGGCGUCGGGGACCGCUGCGGAUGCGACGACCGCUGGGUGCUUCUGGGCCAACGGCGGUAGCAGCGGCCGGAGGAGGCACGCGCCGCCGGCCGCCGCCGCGCCGGUGGCUUUGACCGGUCACUGAAAAGGAGAUGGGGAACUGCGGGUGGGUCCAUCAGUACAAUGUUUUCCUUUUUUCUGUGUUAAUUGAGCAGUAGAAUAUUGGUAAUCCGUGUUACUGUGUAGUAAUAUUUUUGGCUAGUCUUCAUGUAUCUCCAAGCAAAGAUGCUCUUGUAUAAAUCUUCACUAGGUUACGCUGCAAAUUUCCUCACUGUUCUACUACUAGUAAUUUAGCUACCUUAGUUAUCAUUAA